UAGAUAUGUGGUAUGACUCGUUUGCAUAUCAAUAAGUAUAUAGUCUAUUUAGAGAUAAAUAAAAAAAUUUUAAAAAGUCUUACUACCUUUCCUCGAGAUUGUUUUCUCUUUCUACGACACUAAAAUGUUUACUGGCAUUUUAAACGUAUUAUUGGGGUACUUCACGUUUCUCCACCCAUUGAUUUACAGUGCCCAGCUUACGAAGGAAAAGAGUCCGGAUCCACGUCAGGUUACCAACAUCACGUUGGCACUCAUCCUAGGAUGGUUAAUAAGCUUUUCCGACGCUUUGUUCCUGUCACCUUUCUUCACUAUGCGCAGUCUAUACCUUCUUGUGCGCAUUAUUCUCUGCAUGUACCUUUCUAAUCCAACCCUUCUUGGUGCGCUGAAAAUAUAUGAAAAAUUUUUAGCCCCUCUAUUCGACACUUAUAGCCCCUGCGUCAACGAUCUGGUGGUGCAGCACAUCGAUACUAUGACAGAAUCCGGCGUAAACAAGUACGUGGUCUCAAUGGGCACAUCCCUUUUUAGGGAAAUUGCUAAGGCAUGUGAUGUCACAUACCAAUUAUUAGGGGUGAUGGCAGAUUCAGCAGUGCCUAAAGUCUCUCGUUUGGAAGGGAAUUCGCAUCAGCAAGAAGAUGGUUUCGGCAAGCGCAAUACGAUACCGAGAGGGGCUACCAAAUUGUAA